AUGGCUUCUGCACAAUUUCAAGUUUUAUCUAUUCUCUGUCGAACAUCACGUCAAGCUGUAAACGAUGCUCUCAAAGAAUUCGCCAAAACAACAAUAUUGUCACUAAAUGCAUUGUCUCGUGAUGUAUUCAAUAGUUAUAUAGGCAUGGCUAUUGAACAAUUCCAGAAAAAUACACUUGAUAAUUUCCGUUCAUUCAAUCAUUUUGUGUCAUCUUUGGUUGAAGAACAUCGUUUUAUAUCUGCAUUAAGAACAAAUUUCUAUACGAGAAGUGUUCCUGGUAGCAAUAUUUCUGUAACUUUUUCUGCCAUUUAUCCACAACAAGUGGAUCGAACUCAAUCAUCAUCGAUGUUGAAUGAAACAUGUCGAUGUUAUCGUACAAGUGAUUGUGUUUAUCCUGCUGGAAUUUAUAAUCAAUCACGAGCUAUCAUUCCGAAUGAAAUCUUUUCACUUGAUGAAUCGCCUCUAUUCAUUAUACCAGGAUUUCAAGUAGGAUGUGUACCUCAAAAUGCAUUAUUUCAAUCAACAUUGGAAUGCUUUUAUAAUGAAUCAUGUUUAGACAUCGUGAUUUCGUUGAUUGGUGCUCUUCGCACCGUCUCAGCUCUGAAUAUUUCAAAAUCUUUUUCACGAUUCAGUCCAACAACAACUAUUGGUGUUCUUUUUGAUAAUAUGAUGGUUGAAUCUUGGAAGAAUUCUACUGAUUUUGUCAUGUAUUUCCAAACUUGUGCACCCAAAGCCUGUUCAUAUUCAUAUUCACAACGUUUUCUUCUCAUUUACAUGAUUACAACCAUGGCUAGUGUCUUUGGUGGACUAAGUGUAGCAUUGCGUAUAGCAUCUCCAUUGCAGAUCAAUAACACACGGAUUCCCCAGUAUGCUUCAAGUAACACUAAUAACUAUGAUCAUCUGCCAUGUGAUUGUGAACAAGUUUAUUUUUGUUUAAAACCAUUGGGUUUCUAUGGUUAUUCCCCGUCAUAUGCACAAACGAAUGCCAAACCAUUUCAAAUUAUUUCUGGUCUAUAUCUUGGUUGUCAAUUUUUAGAUUUUAGUUAUUCCACAUUACAAUGUUUUUACAAUGAAUCAUGUGUUCAGAUGUUGAUUGAUCAACGUCUCUAUGGUUAUGAAAAUAUCUAUUUACCAAUUGAUUUAAGUAAUAUAACAGCACUUGAUCCGAACGAUAUGAUCCUUUUCAAGUCUCAACAAGCAUUAGAAAUUCUCUUGCAAACCAUUUUUCUUAAUCAACAGAUCUAUAUAGCAAAUUAUACAUUGUACUAUGCUCAAUGUCAGCCAGAGAUAUGUACAUAUACAAUAGAUCAGAAAUUACAUUCUAUUAGUCGUGUUAACUUAGUUAUUGGUCUGAUUGGAGGAUUAACUGUUCUACUUCGUCUCUUCGUUCCAUCAUUCAUCAAAAUCAUCUAUCUGAUUUAUCAUUUGUGCUCUCAGCAAACACGAGAUAUUCCUUUACGUUGGAGAAUGAUUAUUACCUAUAUUCGAAAUGAACUUUAUAGAAUGAAUGUGUACAAAAAGAAACAAAAAGUGGAAUAUUAA